AGGCGCUUCAUCUUAACUAAGUAGCGACUAUGUAUGCGUGCGCCAGUGUAAUAAUAACAUUCAACAUCAUCCAACGGUAUCGAAGGAGAGGUUGUUUUGCUGCUGAACUGUCCCGUGGAUGUUUUCCUGUGCCUGCGGUGUUUUCAAGUGUUUGCGUCCCUUCCCAGAGAUCUAAUCAAAGUGGUGUGUGAGUGAAUGUUUUUGUAACACCAGGUUCUGUCCGGGCCAGUGAAUGGAAACAUUGAACUAGGUUUGUUUUACUCUGCCUGUGGUGGCUGUUGAAUCUCAAAAUAAGCUUGCUAACACACCUUCGGGGGCUGUCACCGUCCUAUCGGGUUUGCGGUCUUUUCGCAUACAUCCCAGAUCACAAGCUGCACUCUAUCGGCACACCGUCUAUAUAAGAGAGGUAGGAAUUUUCUCUCAUUUUCCAUGUCGUCCCCGCAGUUAUUGGUCAAGUAGAGUGGACAAAUAACGCAUCGCAUCUAUGACAUCGCCCAUAGGUAGAUAUUACGGACUGUUUACCGAACGUUUGCUCUAUCCUUGCGGUGUUGUUCGACCUACUGCCGUUUCGUUAAAUGCCGACCCCAUACCGCAAUAUGACGUCAGCGUGGGUAGCGGGCAGCAACAACCCGGAGAUAGAAGGUCCGAUCAUCUACAGAAACCGCCAUAUUCUUACAUUGCUCUGAUUGCCAUGGCCAUAAGAAGUGUGCCAGACCAGAAAAUCACGCUGAACGGCAUCUACAAAUUUAUCAUGGAUCGCUUUCCUUACUACCACGACAACAAACAAGGUUGGCAGAAUUCCAUCCGUCACAAUCUCAGCCUAAACGAUUGCUUCAUUAAGGUACCCAGAGAAAAAGGUAAGCCGGGUAAAGGUAACUAUUGGACUUUAGACCCAAAUAGCGAAGAAAUGUUCGAAAACGGAAACUUUCGAAGGAGAAAAAGAAGGAAUAAAACUCCUUACAAACAAGACAGUAAAGUUGAAGUUAGUUUAGAAGCGCAACAACCGGUAAGGAGCGAAAAGAGCGCGGAUUAUACCAAACUCAAACAGGUGGCCGAAGCCGAAAAGGUACCCAUUUCCAGAGAAGAAGUGAAGGAGAAAAGAACUGUAUCGUUUAGCAUCGACAGCAUCAUCGGAGAAAGUAGAUCUUCUCGUUUAUCUCCACCCACAUCGUCGACAGAAGACAGUUGUGUAUUCUACUCCAUCCCAUUCCAGUCGUACUUGCCUACACUUUGUCCCCAAUUAGUACCCAAUUAUUGCUAUUCGGUCCAUGAUUUGUGGACACCACACGAAGCCAAUUUGGCACCGGUAUCGUAUUGGUACCCUCUUCUUUCUAGUGUUAAACCAUGCUCCUCGAAUAGCAGUCCUUCGUUGGAAUCGGCCAGAUGACAAACAUUUCUCCAACUUUAAAUAGGCAUAGGACCAAAGAAGACGUGUCAACCAGACUAUUCCUGACACCAUUAACAGUUUUAAAAUUUAUAUACAGUAAUUCCAAAUUUCUUAUAUAUGCUACCGUUGUAUUAAAUGUGAUGUAGAGUACCAAGUUAUAUAUAUAAAUAUAUAUACAUAAUAUUUGUUACUAUAGAAGUUGCGGAUCGUCGUUCAGGCUUAGUUGUAUCACUUCCUUUGUUAAUUUUGGGUGCAAUUUGUGAAGAUAAUGUUAA